CCCUCAUAUUCUUCCUGACCGUCUGACCUCCUUCCUUCCCCAAUUCUCCAUAGGACCACAGAGCCCGCGCAGGAGCCCGUUGAUGACUGCUUGACCGCCAUUCUCUCUCUCUCUGUCCAGUCAGUUCUGUUGUUUAUCCGCCGCCAAAAACAUCGUCGCCCCUCCAACCCGCCGCAUGCCUCUCGGUCGAUGGAUCGAUGCGACCGUUGUGCCCGCCCUCGUCCAUAAAUCCCCAACAAUCCCUGUCUUGUCUCCCACGUGCGUGUCUCGGUCAUGGAAAGAUUCUUGCGCUCCUGGCGCCAGGAUGCGUUGAACCGAGGCCAGCAUGAUGCUGCCAUCUACAUCGGCGACAAAGUGCUGGCUCUGACCAACAGUGACUCGGACGCCUUCUGGCUAGCUCAGGUUCAUUUCUCGAACAACAACUAUGCCCGCGCCUUGGCCCUCCUCUCCCGCAAAGACCUCAUCUCCCGGAGCACGGCUUGUCGCUACCUCGCCGCACACUGCUACAUUAAACAGAACCAGUUCGAGCAGGCGCUCUCUGUUCUUGGUGACCACAACCCAACCCAUCUGAUCCGCAGCAACAACAGCCGUCGCAAGCUGCAGCACCUCAACGGCCAAAGCCAUGUCACCUUGCGGAAUGGAAAGACGACGGCAUCGCGGAUCGAUCGCAGCGAGGAGCGGGAGAAGGAGGAUGCAAAUAACGUACGAUUCGAGGCAGCCAUGUGCUAUCUGAGGGGGCUCUGUUUUGCCAAACAGAAUGCGUUCGACCGUGCGCGGGAUUGUUACAAGGACGCCGUCCGGAUCGAUGUGCAGUGCUUCGAGGCCUUUGACCAGCUCAUGAAGAACUCGCUCAUGUCGCCGGCCGAGGAGCUGGAGUUCCUCGAAUCUCUUGAUUUUGAUUCCGUCGCCAGUCCCGAACCGGCUGUGGCGCAAGAGGCGGCCCAUUUCACCAAAAUGCUAUACACCACCCGACUGUCCAAGUACUCCUCCCCUACAAUCCUAUCAGACGCGACCGAAACUCUCUCGACGCAUUAUAAUCUAUCGGAGAAUCCCGACAUUCUGCUCUCGCGUGCAGAGGCCCUGUAUACUCAAUGCCGGUUCGCACAGGCACUUGAACUCACCUCAUCUAUCCUAUCCACGUCUCAAUCAGGUGCAUCGUCGACACCAACGACAGCGGUAAUGCAUGUGUCGGCUCAAAGCCACCUCGGACACCCGCCUGCAGUGUACCCCUUGCAUCUGGCUUGUCUCUACGAAACUGGGGCAACGAACGCGCUCUUUCUACUGUCGCAUACGCUCGCCGACCACGCUCCGGAGGAGUCGUAUACCUACCUCGCCAUCGGCGUUUACUACUUGUCAGUGUCCAAGAUCGCCGAGGCACGGCGGUUCUUCUCCAAAGCGUCCUUGCUGGAUCCCCAUUCGGCGCCAGCAUGGAUUGGCUUUGCCCACACCUUCGCUGCAGAAGGAGAACACGACCAGGCGAUUGCCGCGUAUAGCACAGCGGCGCGGCUCUUCCAGGGCAGCCAUCUGCCUCAGCUGUUUCUGGGCAUGCAGCAUCUCGCACUUAACAACAUGUCCCUGGCACAAGAAUACCUUUCGGCGGCAUAUUCGAUGUCCACCGGCGACGCGACGGGGUCUGCGCCCGUCCUCCGUGCCAACCCAUCUUCCGAGCUGACCUCGCUUGGCGGCGAUCCCUUGGUCCUCAACGAGCUUGGUGUCGUCUUCUAUCACCAAAACCACCUAGAGGCAGCCGUAGAAUUAUUCCGCCGAUCUCUUGGCCUGGCUACAUCGCUCCAAUGUGAGCCCGGGGCUUGGGUGGCGACGCGGGCAAACCUGGGACAUGCAUUGCGUCGCAUAGGACGAUUCUCGGAGUCGCUGACGGAGUUCGACGAAUGUCUUCGUAUUGGCGCGGCGGGGGCAAGCUUCGGGUACAGCCCGUUCUUGGGGGGCAGCGGCGGGAGCGCAUCUGGCGUUGCCACGUCGGGUGUGGGAGGCUACGAAGACCGCGGGCUUGUCGGUUCCUUGCACACUGCGCGCGGCCUUGUAUUACUGGAGUUAGGUCGCACAAUGGAAGCGGUAACGGCUCUUCACGAAGCGGUCCGCGUGCUCGGGGCCAGCGGAGGCGGCGACGCAGCGGGGGGUGCUGGCAUCGCGGGCACCUUGCUCUCUCGCGCAUUGGAGAUCUGGGCACUGGAAGGUCAAGAAUCCGAGCAACUCGUGUUCGAAGAAACAAGAACGACCACCAGUCGGAGCUCCACGCGAUCGUCCAAGGGCAAGGGGAAGAGCGUCUCCCGACGACGCGCCGUGCCCGAGAGUUCAUAUGCAGAAGAAUGGACGGACGAGGUGGUGCAGGUCGACGCACCGGGCGCGGCCCUCCAGCCGGAAACGCUCGAGGAGAAAGUGGAAAUGGAGCUGGACGACGAAGCGGACGGCAUGUUGCGGCAGGCCAUCAGUCGCGUGCGAGGUGGACGAAGUCGACGACCGGCGGAGCUGGAUACUGACGAGACGCCCGGGCCGGUGGGCAGUCGGAGUCGCGGGACGAGGACGGUGCGCAGCAACGCGAGGCAGCAGUGAGAUGACCAUGACAUUGGAGCAUAGACAACUGGGCGUUCGGUUGGAUGAAUUAUACCCGGGUAUCGUUGUAGUUGG